GUUUUCCAGACCUUACGCGGCCACACGCGCUUGAGGAACUAUCGCGGUAGCAUCAGCAGCGCCGUUCGAGCUGGGCUGAUGGCUUCCCGAUGACCGGAGCCAAAUUCUUCAACCUAAAUUGUAAACCUAAUUGACCGGACUCGUCAUGGGUGAACGCGAACGGCGUCGUCUCAAGUACGAGGCGGAGUCCACCUUCAUGAUGAAGCCGCAAGGUCAGAACCGCGUGAUUUCACCGGUGAUGCCCCUUCCUGGAGGAGGAACGCAACAGAUAUCUGUCUUGACACGGGAGCCCUUCUCUGCCCCUGUCCCUGAGCCGGAGCCCUUCGAUGACUAUGAGCCACCGCCGGCGCACUUCAGGUUCCCGGUACGGCAGUUUUCAAACCAAACUAUAACACGGAGCUCUGACGACAGGUUAACUACAAUGAGGGUUCAGGUUGACCGGGAGUUCAUGGAUAAACCACUUCCGCGACAAAGUCGUUCCAGGGGACGUGUCAGAGAUGACGACGACGACAUCGAUGCCCCUAGGACUAGUGGACGUAGACGUCGCGACGACGACGACGACCGUCCGAGACCUCGGAGCCGCUCAAGGCGACGUGAUGGCGAGGAUGAUGAUGAUCGCCCGCGAUCGCGGUGCAGAUCUCGAAACCGUGGGAGGGAGGACGAUGACGAUCGUCCGCUGUCGAGAAGUCGCUCCAGGGGACGUCGAAGAAGUGACGAUGACGAGGGAGACGAUAGACCAAAGUCUAGAAGUCGCUCGAGAGGACGACGACGAAGUGACGACGACGACGACGAUGAUCGUCCCAAGUCGAGAAGUAGGUCUAGAGGACGUCGCAGAGAUGACGAGGACGCGGACGACCGUCCACGAAGGAGGAAGUCGAGAAAGCGAAUACAGGACGACGAUGGUGACGAUAACGAUGACAGACCGAAGUCACGAAGCAGCUCAAGGCGACGACGGAAGGAUGACGACGACGAUGAGGACGACGACGACGAUCGUCCCAAGUCGCGGAAGCGGCGUCGGUCGAAAAAGAGAGAUGACGAGGACGACGGCGGCGAAACUCGGAAGAAUAGGAUCACCAUCCGAAGAGUCGAAGUCUCAGAGGGAAGGAGGAGACGGAAGGACCUGGAAGACCAUAAUAAGGACGACGGCAAUGACGAGGAGGAGGAAAAGGCUAAGAAGAAGAGAAGAAGAAGAAGACGUCGAAUGAAAGUGCCGAGCUACUUGGAGUCUUCGUCUGAGGACGACGAGGACGACAUGAUGCCUCGGCGAUCCCUGGCAAGCAGAAGCAGCGAGAUGAUGCUGAGUAGAGGCAUGUUCGGCUCCAGCACUAUGAUGACCGGCUUACCCUGCUUGGACGGAGAGAUGGUCGACUGCGAGAACCUCUUCAUUCUCAAGAAGACCGGCGAAGUACCGGUCAAGGUGAAGGAUAAAAAGAAAAAGAAGAAGAAGAAGAGAGAAAGGGCGAGACGAAGAGCUGAAGAGGAGGCGAGAAGGAGAAUUGAGGAAGAGGUGAGGAAGAAACUGGAGGAAGAGGCGAAGGCGAAAGGCGGGGACGACGCCAAGAAGGCCGCUGCUCCACCGAAACCGGAAGAGAAGAAAGUGACGAUUUCCGAACCGAAACCAGCCGAGAAGCCCCCCGAGCCAGCCGCGAAACCUCCCGAGCCAGCCGUGCCUCCUCUAGAUUUGGGCAACAUCGAACUAGGGGAACCUUUGACGAUCACCGUCCCGGUCAUCUUCGUUUUCGGUGGUCCCGGUUCCGGCAAGGGAACCCAGUGCGAGAACAUAGUGAAGAAGUACGAGUUCACACACAUCUCGACCGGAGACCUGCUGCGAGCAGACGUGGCCUCCGGCUCGCCUCGUGGUCAAGCACUCAAUGAGAUCAUGAAGAAAGGCGAACUGGUUCCGCCAGAUAUCGUACUGGUCUUACUUAAAGAGAAAAUGAAAGAAGGUCUGGAGGCCGCCAAAGGUUUCCUCAUUGACGGCUAUCCGAGGAACUUGGAACAAGCGGACAAAUUUGAUACGAGCGUGUGCAAGUGUUCAAAGGUGGUGUAUUUCGAAGUGAAGGACGAAACAAUGACGGCACGUUUGCUGGAAAGAGGGAAGACCAGCGGCCGUGUAGACGACAACGAAGAGACCAUCAAGAAACGACUGGAAACCUUCCACAAGGAGACUGAGCCGGUCCUUGAAAAGUACAAAGACAUAGUGGAGAAGGUGUCCGCGGAAGACCCACCCGAUAAGGUGUUUGAGGGUGUGAUACCUAUUGUCGAUAAGCUACUCGAGAAACCCCCUGCAUAAAGCAUUUGGGAGCUUUC